UUUUUUAAAAAUAGUUUUUCCGCGGUAAGGGCAUCAUGACUUCCUCGUUACAAUCUCCUCUUGAAACCGAUCUCCCUGUGAUUGACAUCUCACAAUUUGCCCAGGAAAUUGAGGGAGAUCAUCUUCAAUAUCAUCCGGAGGUUGUCAAACUCAGAAAGGCUUGUGAAGAAUGGGGAUUUUUCAGACUGGUGAAUCAUGGAGUUCCACAAGAUCUUCUGCAAAAGGUUUUGUCUGUUAGCAAGGAUUUGGUGUCAAUGCCCAUGGAGGUUAAAGACAGAGUCACAACUUCUACUCCGGCAGAGAGUUAUGUCCGUGCUCCAGGCAUUCCGACCACUUUUGAGACAUUUUGCUUCCUUGACAUGCCCAAUCCAGAUUCAAUCCUUGAAAUAUCUCGAAAGAUAUGGCCUGAGGAAGGAAAUGCAAACUUCUGUGAAGCGAUGGGUGCAUUGAGUUUACAUCUAUCAGAUCUUGCACAGAGGAUAAUUAAACUCAUUCUGGCGAGUCUGGGUUUGGACGUUGAAACUUUCUGCCACUCUGAUUUCGAGAAAUGUAUAGCCAUCUUGCGGAUAAACAGCUAUUCAUCUCAUGGAAAAUCUAUUGGGGAGGUGGUUCUAACUCCUCACGCAGAUCCGGGUUGCCUGACAAUCCUUCACACUGAUGAAAAGGAAGGGCUUGAGGUUCGAACAAAAGAAGGGAAUUGGAUCAACAUAAAGCAUUCUCCAAACUCCCUUAUUGUCAAUUUAGGGGACAGUCUUAAGGUGUGGAGCAAUGGUAAAUACUGGAGUGCCGUUCAUCGCGUCAUUAGUAAAGGGUGGGAGAAUCGUUUAUCAGUUCCCUUUUUUUAUAACUUUGCAGGUGACACCCAGAUCUCGGCUCCAGAGGUUCUUGUGAGUGAAGAUAAUGCACGACGAUACAAACCUUUUAUUUUCUCUGAAUUGCAAUCUGAAAUGCGGAAAGGACUCAGAAAUUAUAAAGCAGACGGAGAACAAGUCAAAGUGAUGGAACGGUUAGCUGCCAUAUAACGUAGCUCUACUUAUUCAUCUUAUACCAUUGGAAUUCUUCGUUACACCAAAUUAUGUUGAAUUUACACUUUGUUUCUUGCGUUUAUAGUUUUCUUGGGAAAAUGGA